CCCAAAAUGAGUAGACGUUACGAUACAAUAAAGCAUCUUGGAGAAGGACAAUUCGCCAACGUUUAUCUCGCACAAGACCUCGAAUCGGGCGAAUGUGUGGCUAUUAAAAAAAUCAAACUAGGAUCGAGAGAAGAAGCAAAAGAUGGAAUCAAUCGAACGGCGAUUCGAGAGAUUAAACUUUUGAAGGAAAUUCAUCAUGACAAUAUUAUCGGGUUACGAGAUGUGAUUGGACAUCGAACAAGUAUUCAACUGGUUUUCGACUUUAUGGAUACAGAUCUCGAACAUGUGAUUAAGGAUAAAGAAAUUAUUCUAAUGCCAGCACAUAUCAAAAAUAUUACGAUGCAAAUGCUUCUGGGACUCGAAUUUCUACACGUUCACUGGAUUCUUCACAGAGAUCUGAAGCCAAAUAACCUGCUGAUGAACAAAAUGGGACGCGUGAAGCUCACCGAUUUCGGUUUGGCUCGAUUCUUCGGAUCUCCAAACAGAAAUUACACUCAUCAGGUUGUGACAAGAUGGUAUCGAGCCCCUGAGUUGCUCUUUGGAGCACGUUCCUAUGGAGUUGGAAUUGAUAUUUGGUCGGUUGGAUGUAUCAUUGCCGAAUUGUUGUUGAGAAAUCCAAUAUUCCCUGGUGAAAGUGACAUUGAUCAACUCGUGAAAAUCUUCAAUAUUCUCGGAUGUCCAACACCAGAAACAUGGCCAAAUAUGACUGAAAUGAACAGUUAUGUCAUUAUUAAACCACAGACGGAGUAUAUGGCUCUAAAUUACUAUUUCUCGGCUGCUCCGCAAGAUUUGCUCGAUUUGAUGGCGGGAAUGUGGACAUUUGACCCAAUAAAACGUCUGACUUGUACUCAAUCUCUUCAAAUGGAAUAUUUCCGAACUCAACCAUUCUGCUGCCUUGACGAAGAGCUUCCACUUCCGAAAAAACAACAGCCACAGAAGAGAUCUCGACGGCUUGACGACGAUGGAACUCGCCCCGUUCGACGAUUGAAUUUUGAUUAACAAAAUUCCAUAUUUUACCCUCUAUUUUAUCGAUUUUUUGUAAUUUAUACUACUUUUUUGUAUUAAAUCAAAUCGGGAUCUCCAAAACGUUGUAGAAUAUGAAAAUUGCAAGAUUU